GGUUUCGCCGCGCAUCAUCUUCAAGGGCACGCCGUUCAUUCCCCCCACCGUGAGCGGCAAGGGCAAGAGCACCCUGCCGCGGGAGGACUCCGUCGCGUGGGAGAUCCAUCCUGCGAACCGCGCCAAGCACGGCCACCCUGCCAACGGCAUGUCCUUCGGCGUGCAGGAGAAGAGCUGGAGUGACCAGCGGGAGUGCAACGGGUGGAUCUCGGGCAGCUGGAAUCUCCGUCCCAACAACGGCAGCAUCGUCCAGCAGCGCCCGUGCAUCCUGGUCCUGGACGACUUCAAGUGCCACAAGGACGAGAGUUUCAUCGCCGCCCUCAAGAAUGACGCCAACACCAUCGUCAUCUUCAUCCCAGGCGGGUUGGCGCCCUUGCUCCAACCGCUCGACCGCAUGCUCAACAAGCAGAUGAAGCGGCUGCUGCGAGGCAAGUACACCGCCUACAGCGCGUCGGCGGUCGCAGACGCCCGGUCGGGGAAGCAGAAGCCACCGGAGCGUGGGGUCGUCUCUACGUGGUGCAAGGAAGAGUGGGAGUCCAUCACCCCCGAGACGGUGAAGACUUGCUUCAAGAUCUGCGGUCGCACGCUCGCGCUCGACGGCAGCGAAGACCACGCCUGGUGCGAGCACAAUUCGGGGAAGACUACCGCGACCUUCUCGAGGAGCAGCACGCCGUGUGACUCGCUGAGCACCCCGACGUGACUCUCCCGCCGCUCAAGCUGCCGAAGGUACCAGGAGGGUUCGACUCCAACCCCAUCACGGCUGCUCAGAAGGAGGUCGAGGGGAAGCUGCUGCCCUACGUCGCUGAUGAGAGCGACAGCGAGGUGGAGGUCUUGGAGGGCGACAGCGACGUGGAAGUCGUGGAGGGGCAUGGGGGCGGGGACGCCGAAGGAGAAGCAGUCGAACUUUGAAUCAUAGUUCUUUGGGAUUGCCAGUGAGGUUGGAUGUUUUUGCGAUGGUAGGGGCGCGGGCACGAAGUAGAGUUCAACCUGCCUAGGAAGUACAGUAGUAGGACGUUGGUAGCUCGUAGUGGUAGUUUGGUGUGAUUUUUACUUCAUUAUUGGUUUCAUCUGCGAUUAGAAUUGUUGAGUGGAUGCCGUUUGCCGAUUUGCCGAUCUUGAUUCUUCAGAACGAAAAGAAUAGAACGAAACGAAUAGAACAAAUACCACAUUUUUGAACAUCGUCAUGGUGCCAAGGGCAGCAGUAGCAGUGGAGCACGCGAUUCAAGCUCCCACAGUAUCCGGAAGUUCCAGCAAAAGAUGCUGAUGAAAGGGUAUCACUUACCGCCAAACGUCACCGCACAUAUCGGCGUCUCCGCACAGUGUGCGGGGACGACAAUACCUGUGCGAUAAUCUAGCAGAUCAUUCGGAACCCGCUAUAUUUCCGCACACCCUGUGCCGAGACCCCGAUACGUGCCGAGACCCCGAUACGUGCCGAGACCCCGAUACGUGCCGAGACCCCGAUAUGUGCCAAGACCCCGAUGGUUACGGUAAACAGUCAGUAAAAGUGGUGAACAGAGAAAGAGAUGGCGCUGCGUUUUUCACCCAACGAAAACAAAUGCAAGUUGUGAGAUAUCUUGCCAUCCGCGCCAUUUUCGACCCCUGUAACCCUAAGGCAGUGAUGGCUAUACUCGUAAUCAGGGCUCUAGAGCAAUAGAAGCGGCCGAGCGCAGCAGUUACUAAAGUCUGAAGGCGUCGGUAGAUGGACCCCGAUCGACAAUGGUUGCUGUACUGUCCUGGUGUGUCCCUCGAUGACGGAUGUUGUAGGUUGCGACUAAAAAGUGGUCGUCGAACAAACUUACCGUCUACAUACUUCGUCACAGUAACGGGGACGCCUUUUGGGUGAACUAUCCCGACAGAAUUUUCCGCGAUAAUAUACGGACGAUGUGGUGACGGUAUGACCACCCGGUAACAAACACUUGUAAAACACAGAGAGACUCGUUGCGGCACCAAGAUCACGCACGGUGUUGAGAAGCGCGAUGACCACAAGACCACCAGUCAGCCAAUGGGGCUCACAAUCCGGUGCUAAUAAGGCUCGCUAUUAACGCUUCGGAAAAGUCGUGCAAUCUUCCACGGAACGGUGAAAAGAAAACCCGACUUUUUUUCGCUUGUUCUAUUCGUGAUGUCAUCGCAAAAAGUUGACUUGGUGUUGCUCACCAUAGAGCAGUGGUGAAAGCGCAAUGAGCAGCACCCGACACGAAGGACAACACACACACUUAGAAAGAUCAUAUCCACCCGGCCUGCUGUUUUCAGUUUUCAGCAACAACAGGCGCAGGGCAGAUUGUCGUAACCUAGGUGUUGCUUGCGAUUUCUUCAGUUUGCCAGCUCAUUUUUCACAGUUGCGACUCCCAUCUUUGACCACCAACUGCCUAAAGGUAGACGAGCUCAACAAUCAUAGGGCCGCAGCCGCGCUGACGGCCAGCAUCAUAUAGAUGGCCAAUCCGAAAGAAUGAGCGUGUCGGAGGCCCUGUUGUUGCUCUUCUGCUGCGUGGUGCCGUGGAGUGAUGUUGACGUGUCCGACCAAAAACAGAUAAUCUCGCCGCAUUUCUUCCGACGGCAUUUUGGUGAGGUGGCACACGUCUCUCACACACCUUAUUGAGCAGCACCCAAGCACCCAAUACCCACGAAGCAGCACGGCGCCGGGAUAUGGUGUCAAAUAGACAGCCGAACCGAAGGAAUCAGCACGUUGGAGGUCUUGGUGCUGCUGCUGUACUCGUUCUACUGUUUCCGUGUUUGCUACGUGUGAUCGAAAAAAUUCCCCAGCACCAACAGCA